UCCGCGGAGAAGCGAGAAACCUGCGCCGCAGUCCUGGGCGGAGGACCACUAGGGGACAGCAGGGAUUCUGCUGCUCCCUCUCCCGAGCGCUUUCCCGCCCGCCUGGCCCCACAUACCAGGUGGCCAUGGCCUCACUGGCGACUCGGGGCCCACGGGUUCCAGACUUAUUUUCUGGACUGUCACCGGCGGCCUCAACUCCGGCCAACCAGAGUGCAGAGGCCUCGGCGAGCAACGGGUCGGUGGCUGGCCCCGGCGCUCAGGCAGUCACGCCGUUCCAGAGUCUGCAGCUGGUGCAUCAGCUAAAGGGGUUGAUUGUGCUGCUCUACAGCAUCGUGGUGGUCGUGGGGCUGGUGGGCAACUGCCUGCUGGUGCUGGUAAUCGCACGGGUGCGUCGGCUGCACAACGUGACCAACUUCCUCAUAGGCAACCUGGCCUUGUCCGACGUGCUCAUGUGCGCCGCCUGCGUGCCGCUCACGCUGGCCUACGCCUUCGAGCCGCGCGGCUGGGUGUUUGGCGGUGGCCUGUGCCACCUGGUCUUCUUCCUGCAGCCCGUCACAGUCUACGUGUCGGUGUUCACGCUCACCACCAUCGCGGUGGAUCGCUACGUCGUGCUGGUGCACCCGCUGCGCCGCCGCAUCUCGCUGCGCCUCAGCGCCUACGCGGUGCUGGCCAUCUGGGCGCUGUCCGCGGUGCUGGCGCUGCCCGCCGCCUUGCACACUUACCACGUCGAGCUCAAGCCGCACGGCGUGUGCCUCUGCGAGGAGUUCUGGGGGUCGCAGGAGCGCCAGCGCCAGCUCUACGCCUGGGGGCUGCUGCUUGUCACCUACCUGCUUCCCCUGCUGGUCAUACUCCUGUCUUAUGUCCGAGUGUCGGUGAAACUCCGGAACCGCGUGGUGCCCGGCUGCGUGACCCAGAGCCAGGCCGAAUGGGACCGCGCGCGGCGCCGCCGCACUUUCUGCCUGCUAGUGGUGGUCGUGGUGGUGUUCGCCAUCUGCUGGCUACCGCUGCACGUCUUCAACCUGCUGCGGGACCUCGACCCACACGCCAUCGAUCCCUAUGCCUUUGGGUUAGUUCAGCUGCUCUGCCACUGGCUCGCCAUGAGCUCGGCCUGCUACAACCCCUUCAUUUAUGCCUGGCUGCACGACAGCUUCCGUGAGGAGCUGCGCAAGCUGUUGCUCUCCUGGCCCCGCAAGAUAGCGCCGCAUGGCCAGAGCAUGACAGUCAGCGUGGUCAUCUGAUGCCACUGCGGCAGGCCUGGGCCGGGGAGCUCCCACGUCCAUUGGUCUCCGAGGGUGCCCACCCCAGGCUGGACGGGGGAGCUUAUUCUCAGCACCAGAGCUAAGCCAAUGCAGGCAAAACUUCCAGCCCAGCCCUGUUUUCCAGUUGUCCUGCCUUGUCCUUGUAUUUUUUGUAAAAUGUUAAAUGGGCUUUUGUGGGAAUGCUUUGCUUGGAAAAGGCCGGGGAGAGGGGAGAGGAUUUAUUAUUUCCUCUUUAUGACCUUGAAGGCCAAACAAAACUCUUUCUCCGGUUUCAAAACAGUAUUUCAGAACUGCAGCUGUCUUCCUUGCUUUGCCUUUUGUUUGUUCAAUGGUGAGAUAAAGGAACAAUGGGGGUGGGAUUUGAAAUGACUGCAUUGGAGUUGGUGAAGCUUUUCAGGUCGCCUUUUACAAAGGACACCACUAAGAUAUAAAUAUCUGAAAUUGCUUAGUGAAUUUGAACCCAUUUAUUUCUAGAAUUCCAGGGAAAUGUGUAUUACAGAUCUACAUCUAGGAUUUCAACAUUUCCUGAAUAAGACCUUUAUACAUCAAAAGGGGUUCAAUCUUAAAUCCACUUGCAUUUAUAGUACAAAAACACUUACAAACCACCUUUCAAAAGGUCUUGAUAUUGUUUCCCGCCUCCCUAUUCCCCAACUUCCAUUUGAAAAUGAUGAGAUGAAUUAGUCAAUGAAGCGGUAGAUACAUAGGAAUAAAG